AUGGAUCAUCUGUACGAGAACGACCGCGGCAGUCAAGGAGGCAGCAUUGUCGCCUCAUGCGCGCCGAUCCAGGUGCCCUUCCUGUGCGAGUACGAGUAUGACCACGACUGCGAGUUCACAGAGUAUCCCAGCCAGAAGGGGUUCGACAAACACAAGUUCCUCGGUCUGGAUUUCAGCCAAAGACCGCCGGACGAGACGGCCUCGUUCCUCCAGACAUGGCUGUACUUUGGCCUGCUGGGCCGCGUGCUGCGCGUCCCCCUGACGAUGGAAGACUUUGUCGACCGCACGUCCACUCCGCCCACGAUAACCACUCGGCGCAGCCUGCCAUCUUACCUCGAAGCGUGGGCGAAGAAAGUCAAGGCGAAACACGUCCAGCAGAUGGAAGCCGAUCUGGAAGAGGCGAGAUCGUUCGUGCUUUGUAUGCUCGAAGCCGGUCACGCCUGCCCGCUGCCCAAGGAGGUGGUCCUCUCCAUCAUGGUCCUCGGGGCCACAUUGAGCUUUGCCAUUGACUUGAAGAUCGAGAGCUUCCCGCCCAAGAACAAGACCGUGAUAGCCGAUUGGGGCAUGUCUCCUCUCAUCACGGCCAGACUCGUCCGGAAUGGCUGGUGUAUCAACGACGUGCACCGCCUCUGCGACACCGUCAGUCCGCCGACCGCGUUGCUGGCCGCCGACAUCGUGAGGCAGGAAGUGGUGUCCAGGGAGACACACGACGUUUGUUCGCCGGCCGGCUGCAUUUCACGCAACAUCGAUGAGUCGACGUACGAGACCAAGCACGUCGAUCCCGGUUGCCAGUGCGACUCGGUCGCGGCGCCUGUUGAUCAGGUAAAAGCAAUUCUCGACCAAGGGGACGUCCCCGUCAUUCUGGUUCGGGAGGAGGGAGGUGGCCAUAUUCUGGGCCUCGAGGCCUCAUCCUCCCGAAAGACCAAAUUUAUCGCCAUCUCGCACGUCUGGGCUGACGGCCUUGGGUGUACGACGGGGAACUCGUUGCCGAGCUGCCAACUGCUUCGCCUCCACCGUAUGUGCAGCGACCUGUUUCCCGAACGGACAGGAGCAUCGCGGCUCUUCCGGCGAGCAGACGCCCCGCUGGGUCUGUGGAUUGACACGUUGUGUAUUCCGAGAGAGAAGGCGCACCGUCGCUUGGCGAUUGCCCGGAUGUCGGCCACUUACGCGGGGGCGGCCAAAGUGCUGAUUCUGGACUCGGAGCUGUUGAGCUUGACCAAAGACAUGCCUGAAAGGACCAUUCUCCUUCGCUUGAUCGGUAGCAGCUGGGACCGUCGCGUCUGGACAAUGCAGGAAGGUGCCCUAGGCGCCAGCGGACUCCAUGUGAAGUUGGCAGAUGGGGUUUUGGACGUUUCAGACGCCGUCAAGAGACUGCAGAAAUCCUCCGGCUCCGGGAGCCUUGCAACGGCCGUGGUCGACCGAGACGCGACGAUCCUCUUCCAGGAGUUUGAGCAGCUGCGCAAAGCACACUCGAAGAGUUACUGGCGUGACGGUGUCCCAGCGAUCGCUGCUUCAUUGCGGAUCUUGAACGGCCGUUCCACAUCCAAGGAGGGUGACGCAUAUAUAUGCCUUGCCGGUAUGAUGGCACUCGAAGGCGACAUCAUCAAAGACCUUGAUGCGACGCCCGUGCAAGAGCGGACCAGAAAGCUGCUGUCAAGCGUCCGGUAUCUUCCCAAGAACAUCAUCUUCUCGCCUGGGGUCAAAUUGGAAGAGGAGGGCUUUCGCUGGGCUUGCGCCUCGUUCUGGAAGUCAAAGUUCACCUUCAAUGAGCUCAAUGAGGUGGCUGAAAUCCGAGAAGGCCUUGGUCUGCGCGUCGAGUUUCAAGGUUUCGAGAUAGAGGCGGUCCCGCUGCGCGAUAAUUACUUCCUGUUCCAGUCUGUUCAUACCAAGAUCUGGUACAGGGCAACACUCGACGGAUCCACGCCGUUGUCGCGACCCACCAACAUAGCCCCGGGUUCAACCCUCGGUAUCCUGUGUCCAGAGCGCGAUAUCAUCCGCCGAGGAGCGGGAGGCCGACAAGUCCCUGCGGCUCUUGUCUUGAUCACGGCGAGAAAGUCGGGUCUGAAGGACAUGUUCAGCAAGGAUGCCAAUGCCCUCCACUGCACGUACAUUUCUCAAGUUGUUCUUUCGACGCCCACCGCUGCUGACAUGGGAGGGGACGCAUGCCGUACGCUCGCUCGCCGACCAAAUAAUACCCAAGAGCCGCCCGGGAUGGGCAUCGUGUACACUCCGCAGAUCUGGUACGUAUCAUGA